AUGACCACAAUCCCAGACGCAGAAUCUCUCAACAAACUCUACAUAAACGGCACCUACGUUCCCCCCAAAUCCAACCAGACAUACACCCUGUACAACCCCACCGACACCUCCAUAAUCUCCACCUCCAUCCCCAUCGCAGGCCCCGAAGACGUGGACGCCGCCGUCUCAGCCGCAGAAGCCGCAUUCAACGGGCCAUGGAGGGGCUUCAGCGGCGCGCAGCGCGCAGCGUGUCUGCGGAAACUGGCGGAUCUUCUCGAUGAAGAUGAUCGGCUUGUCAAGAUUCUGACGCUCGAUUCGCUGAGUACGGGGAAUCCGGUGAGUAUUAUUCCCACGAGGGAGAAGGGGUAUAUUAUGGGGCAGUUGUUGUAUUAUGCUGGGUGGACGGAUAAGUUGCGCGGAGACUAUUUCCCUGAUGAUGAUGGGUUUGUCAAGCUUGUGAGGCAUGAGCCGCUGGGAGUAUGCGCCGGAAUCAACCCAUUCAACGCACCAGUCGCAACCCUGAUCAUGAAAGCGGCGCCCUGUUUAGCGACAGGGAACACUCUAAUCCUGAAACCGUCCGAACAGAGCCCCCUCGGCUCUCUCGCAAUUGCGCCGCUCUUUGAAGCUGCGGGAUUUCCCAAGGGCGUCUUUCAGGUUAUCACGGGUGCAGGCGAUACCGGAGCGCUUCUUGCUAGUCAUAUGAGAAUCAGAAAGAUAAGCUUCACCGGCAGCGUUGCGACAGGCAAAAAAAUCCAGAUCGCCGCUGCACAGAGUAAUCUCAAGCGGGUUACAUUGGAGCUGGGAGGGAAGAGCCCUGCCGUGGUGUUUGAGGAUGCGAAUCUUGAAAAUGCGCUUACCUGGACAAUCAAUGGCAUCCUCGCCCGCUCAGGCCAAGUCUGCGUCGCGGCCUCGCGCGUGUACGUGCAGCGCUCCAUCGCAGAAAAAUUCAUCGAGGAAUACAGAGUCCGCAUGAAAGCCGCAGUCUCGAAACUCGGCGACCCCCUCGACGCAGCAACAGCCCUCGGCCCACUGGUCAACAAAGCAGCUUUUGAGCGUGUGACUGGCAUGAUCGAGCGGGGCAAGAACGAGGCAGAACUUGCCGUUGGAGGCGUGCGGCAUACGGAGCAGGGAUAUUUCAUUGAACCGACGGUGUUCCUUAACCCGGAGAAGGAUGCGGAGAUUUAUAAGAAUGAGGUUUUUGGGCCUGUUGCUGUUGUCAAGACUUUUGAGACGGAGGAGGAGGUUCUAGGCAUGGCGAAUGAUACGGAGUUUGGGUUGAUGUCGGGGGUAUUUACGCGGGAUAUCAAUCGGGCACUGAGAGUUUCGGCGCGGGUUGAGUCGGGGGUGGUUGGGAUUAACUGCGUGAGCAUUAUGAAUGUCCAGGUUCCAUUCGGGGGGAAGAAGCAGUCCGGAAUAGGCAGGGAGUUUGGAGAAUAUGCUCUGAGAGCAUUCACCGAACCAAAGACUGUUCUUAUCAAGUAG